AUGUCGAGGUCAAAGCGGUAUCCAAUGUAUGCAGAUGACCAUGUCUCAUUAAAAGGAUCACCACUUUCACCUUGGACGAAUUCCUCACAACCGUCACUCCAUGAGUUGCAUAUGGCGAAUGCAGUCAGGGUCGGACCAGGACGUUAUAAACUCGCCGCUCCAAAAAUCUUUUCGCCCGCUGCUCUAGCUGUCGAUCGGCUGCUGAAGUCAUCAACAAGUGAGGAACAAAGGCAAGGAACGUCUACUGAGUCAGAUAGAACACAAUCUCCUCUUGCUGCAGACAUCGCAGUCGUGAAGCUUUCAGCGAUGGCUGGGAAGCCUAAUCCAAGAAAGAGAAUUUAUUUUCGUGAUGCGCAAUCUUUGGAGGAGUCUACGCGGAAAAAGUUAGCCCAUAAUGUGAAACAACUUGGGAUGAAAUAUCAAGACCAAGAAGAACCAUCGCUUGCAGAGCUAGACGGACCGUCGAAGGAAGAAAAUGCUAAUGACAACGGUACUGAGAGCCACAGUGAAGAGCGAUCAGAGAUGCUUAUAGAGCCCACAAUCGAUGUGGAUACCUAUGAAGAAGUGGAGGUGACUGAGGAAUACGACAGCGGCGCAGGAGGCCAAUCCUCACCAUUUUUAACGACGGAAGGCCGUGAGGUCGUUGGCGGAAACAAUUAUCGGGAGCUGAAAGGAGAAAAUAAUUAUCUCAAAGAGCAGCUACAAGCAAGCGUACAUAGAGUGAAACAGCUGGAGGCCCUACUUUUGCAACGGAAUGUUCAAGUUAAGAAGUUGGUGUCAGAAAACCUCCAGCUAUCGAUAAAAUGUCGAAAACUGAUGAGUGCUCUGGCUGAAGACGAAAUAAGAGAAGCUUUGAGGUGA